AAGUAGCUAUUGAAUCAAAAUAAUUUUCCUUUCAUAAAGAUUACGACAAAAUUACUGAUUCAUCGUACACUAAGAGCGCCAACCACUGAAUCUACCGGCCAAAACUAAACGGGGUAGUGGAGUGGGGGUGUAGAAAAGCCGAUCGCCCUCGGGUCGGCCCGAAGCGGCCAUGCUCACUGGCCCGAGCGAGUCCGACGCGUUUGUUGACACAGGGUAGUGACAUCUUCUUGCUGCUUCUCAUCACUAUUUACAGUGCGUAGGACGUGACAGUGGGCGCAACUUUGGCUCCUUGCCGCAUUCUCGGAUGUGGAAAGGAAACAUUUAAGACAUCCAGCCGUUUGACUUGUCGGUUUUGUUUUCCGUUUCUUUUUGGGGUUAGGCUUUCGACCCGAUGCCUCCCUCCUCCCGCGGUAGCAGAAAAGAAAUGACGACCACACCGGUAAAGAUAUCGGUCGAACUGACAGAGACAGAGAAAGAAGUCAUUUGGUUCUUAGCAUCUGGCGAAGGUAAAUGUCCGGUCAGGGAGUGGGACGAGAUGACAAAGGCCUGGAAUGAAUGCGAGAAACAGCCGACGCCGCCGCUGCUACCCGACCUCCCCGACCUGGCGCUCCUCAGGAUGCUCUCCUUCCUGCCGUUCAAGGACCUGCUGGCCGCCGUCCAGGCCGUGCCCCGGCUGGGCGAGCUGACGAGCACGCGGACGCACCGAGACCGGCCGUUCUGGAACGGCGACGGGGACGUGAGCGUCCACGUCAAGGACGCGGAGGGGUUCCUGGCCCUGCUGCAGAUCGCGCCAGUCCACACGCUGCAAACAAAUAGCGGAACCGACGGCGACGUGUCUGGGCGUUUCAGGAGUCCCAGCAGGUUGACACUGACCCUGGAUACGAGUCCGGCCCGGGCCCGGGGUCCGAGGAACGCCCAGAGAGCCCGCCUCCUGCGGAAGCUCAUCGGCCCGCAGGUGAAGCACCUCGACCUGUCGGAGCCGGACCUCGGGUGGCUCUUCGACGGCCUCCGGAACGCCCGCUGCCUGGAGACGCUGCACGUCUGGCACUGGCAGCUGGAGAGGGGAACCACCGUGCUGUGGCCGCAGGAGGCGGCGCCACUGCCCAAGCUGCACUCAGUGAGGGUGUCCAUUCUCUACGGGGCCUACUUUGACCUGGAGAUGAAGAGAGGGAUGAAGGCGUUCAGUUCGCUGCUGCGAGCGCACAGUGAGCAGCUGCGCUGUGUGACACUGAGCACGAAACAACUCAUGCCGCUUCUGGACGACUGCUCCGACAACCUCCGCCGCUUGGACGUGGUGGCCGACGUUGGGUUGGCCGCGAAGCUGCGACCGCUCAGCGGGCUGAAGGAGCUCAGGAUAGAGAUGCCACCCACGCCUGAAGACGCCCUAUAUGAGGAGGUGGAGGACCUGCUGAGGUCGUGGCCGGGCCGCCUCGACCGCCUCGAGCUCGUGGGUCUGCGCGAUGACCCGUUGGAGGCCGUCCUGGACGCGGGGGAGCUGACGGACAGCCUCGAGCACCUCGUCGUGCAGGCGCCCUCCCAGUUCAACGGCCUGCUCCGCGAGGACGCCGUCUUCGAGCGCCUGCGCUCGCUCGUCCUCUUCGUCCUGCGCGGUACGCCGCCGCUCGAUGUGCUCGAGGACAUUUGCGCGACCGCCAUGCCCGCCCUGGAGCUGCUCGUCGUCGCCAGCUACUUUCCGAAGUCGAAUCACUGUUACGAUUAUCUGUUGAAGGCCAAAGCAACCGAGGAGUACGCGGACAUGGCGGGGGAGGUGGUGCCGGUGCUGGACGACCUGGUGAUGCGGGCCGGGUACCAGUCCCUGCACGUGGUGCUGAGACUCGUGUGCGACUGCGACCGAGACCCGGUCUGCUGCGGGCUGCUCUUCGCGCACCCCCUGGCCGAGGCCGACGGCUGCGCGCUGUGCGCCGAGGCCACCGAGGCCGCCGCCCUGCGCUGCUGCUUCUACACCGGCUCGUCGUGGUCAGCGUCCGAGGUGGUGCGGCGUCAGGUGACGUAGAGAUAUACGUCCAUACGGCUGACCCGCCAACACCCGUGUAACUAA